GGUUCAGGAUCACUGGUACAGGAUCACUGGUUCAGGAUCACUGGUACAGGAUCACUGGUUCAGGAUCACUGGUACAGGAUCACUGGUUCAGGAUCACUGGUACAGGAUCACUGGUUCAGGAUCACUGGUACAGGAUCACUGGUUCAGGAUCACUGGUACAGGAUCACUGGUUCAGGAUCACUGGUACAGGAUCACUGGUUCAGGAUCACUGGUACAGGAUCACUGGUUCAGGAUCACUGGUACAGGAUCACUGGUUCAGGAUCACUGGUACAGGAUCACUGGUUCAGGAUCACUGGUACAGGAUCACUGGUUCAGGAUCACUGGUACAGGAUCACUGGUUCAGGAUCACUGGUACAGGAUCACUGGUUCAGGAUCACUGGUACAGGAUCACUGGUUCAGGAUCACUGGUACAGGAUCACUGGUUCAGGAUCACUGGUUCAGGAUCACUGGUUCAGGAUCACUGGUACAGGAUCACUGGUACAGGAUCAAUGGUUCAGGAUCGCUGGUACAGGAUCACUGCUUCAGGAUCGCCUGUCCAGGUACAGACUGAAGACGGAGGACAUGUUUGUUUUUGUUUUUUUUUAAAAAUGAUGGAGUGAAGUUCUAGUGUUAGACUGAGAUGCUCUGGUCGUUUGUGUCAAACUCAAGACCUGCGGGCCAAAUUAUGGACCUCCAUAUCGUGUUAUCCGGCCGACUGAGGUGUUUAAUGCAGCGGUUUUGUCAUUUUGAGUCACUGACACGUUAUUUAACUCUUUAACUUGAGACUAAACUUUUCUAGACGGUUGAUCCUCAUUAGCGCGCAACUUAGACUGCGUUGUAAACGUCGCCCCCCGCUGGAGUGACGACUCCGACGCUCCCGUAGGUUCUACAGUUUGAAUCCCGACCAUCCCAGGUGGAUCCGCCAGUUCGGGUUUCACGACCUCCUUGUCCGCGAGGUCGUCCGCGAGGUUCAAGGCUCUGCGUGUUAAAUCAAGCGCUCCUCGCAUUCCUGUCAUUCCACCCGCUCCACUUUUGGGCCUGGUUCCCCCCCCCCGCCGUCACCUGGUCCGAGGGUAAAUCAAAGGAUCUGUUGAUACACGAAGAACAAAGAAGAUGCUCCGUUGGACAACGGUUAGCUGCUGAGUCACGAGUCGGGCGUUCGUGGUUGCGGUGGUUAGCGUCUGUUCACUGGCGGUACAGGAAUGUCGUGGGUGUCGAGUGAAGACGGAGACGGAUCCAGGUGUCGACUUUACUGAAGCCGAUCCUACUGAUCUGAGGGGUCGUCACCAAAAAAAUGAACUCAAAGCCCGGGGCCCAAAUACAGCCCGCAAAGCCGCUAUGUGUGGCCCGCGUAAAUGGAUAUGACGAAGUAAAAAAAAGCGCACCUGAAUAUAAGCCACACCCCUAAAAAAAACCCUGUAUAUUUACAUAUAUAAGUCGCGGCAUCUUACAAACUUCUUGGUGUGCUUUCAAUGAUGAAGGGGUGGAGGGUGUGAAAAUAAAAACUAGCGCGUACGUCUUUGCACCGACUCCCCCUGUCUGUCUCGUUUUUGCACUUCCUGCUAGAACGCCCCCUGGUGGCUGAAGAAGAAAAAUCCAUAGAAAAGCCGCAUCUUUGUAUAAACCGCAUGGUUCAAAGCGUGGGAAAAAAAAUAUAUUCCGGAAAAUACGCUAGGUACAUUUUUUCAAUUAUGUCCCACUGCGGUGGGGUCCGCGGACCAGGGGUUGAGGAGCCCUGAUUUAUACAGUCAAUAAUUUACAACCGGCCCUUUAAGGGGAACUGUGUUGCUGAUGCGCCCCCCCACCCCCGUAGAAAAUGAGCGUGCCUGCGAUCCCUAACAGGAUAAAUGUUUGAAGAUGGAAGGGUGGCGGGGGAACGGGGGAGGGGCCUAAUUACAAAGUUGGCGUCUCUGGUGUCUCCGAUGUCCCCGGUUGGCUUCACUCACCACAGUGACAGUUCGUCAGCUGACGACAUUAACCGGAGUUAAAUGUAGCUCGGCGGUCGGCGGUGCCAACGACGUCCAGAUGGAGGUAGGAAACGUGAUACGGAGCGCUGCGCUACGUGUUAGCGCCGAGCGGCCAAGCUUCUGCUCUCUGCACAGAGAUGUAGCAUGUGUGUUGGUGUGACAGGUGGACCAUCAUGCACCUCUUCCUGCUGCUGAUCCUCCAAGCCACAGCAGCCUUUGGACAGGUUGACCCCACUCACUGUCGCUUUGCGUUGGGCAUGGAGGAUGGACGCAUCAAGGACAAUGACAUCACAGCAUCCAGCCAAUGGUACGAGACGACAGGACCCAAGUAUGCCAGGUUCAACCCCGAGGAGGGCGACGGCGCCCGGCAAGAAUUAUCCCUGACCUCCAUGUUCCUCCAGGUGGACCUGGGCAGGUUGACCUUCCUGACCGUGGUCGGGACUCAGGGACGAUACGCCAGGAGCACCGGCAAAGAGUACGCCACAGCUUAUCGCCUCAACUACAGCAGGGACGGCCAGACGUGGAAGUCCUGGCAGAACCGUCAGGGGAACACGUCGGUGGACGCCAACAGUGACGCCUACAACCACGUCUUUAAAGACCUUCACCCUCCGAUCAUCACCCGCCACAUCCGCCUGAUCCCCUCCACCGAGGUGUCCACCACCGUGUGCAUGCGGGUGGAGCUGUACGGCUGUCCCUGGGAUGAUGGUCUGAUCUCCUACAGCACUCCGGAGGGUCAGCUCAUGAAGCUCCCCGGCUUCCCCGUUGUCAGCCUCAACGACUCCACGUACGACGGAGUGCAAGAGCGAAGGAGGCUGUUUGGUGGCCUGGGUCAGCUGACAGACGCCGCCUCCCUGCUGCCGCGACAGUACAACAUGUGGCCGGGCUACGACUACCUGGGCUGGAGGAACGACUCACUGGGAACUCGGGGAUCCGUCGAGUUGGAGUUCGAGUUCGACCGUCAGCGGAACUUCACGUCCAUGAAGGUCCACAGCAAUAACAUGUUCUCCCGCGGUGUCAAGAUCUUCUCCUCCGUCACCUGUUGGUUCAAGCCCCGCCUCUUCGCCGGCUGGGAGGCAGAGACGGUGGAGUUUAAGACGGUGCUGGACGACAGGAACCCCAGCGCCCGCUACGUCACCGUGCCGCUGAACGGCCGCACGGCCAAGUCUCUGCGCUGUCGCUUUCAAUUUGCCGACGCGUGGAUGAUGUUCAGCGAGGUUUCCUUUCAGUCAGAGAACGCCAUCCUUCCGAGCCAGAUGACCCUCGCGGCGACCUUGCCGCCACCCAGUGAGCUGAGCACCGCCACGUCGUUGUCAAAGACCACAGUUCCGUCCACCAGCGUCACACCCGAUGACGGAAACACGCCCAUUCUGAUUGGCUGCCUGGUGACCAUCAUCCUGCUGUUGGUCGUCAUCAUCUUCCUCAUCCUGCUGUGCCAGUACGUCUGUAAGGUGCUGGAGAAGGUGAGUGUCGGGGUGUGGGAAUUUACCCGUCAGCCUGGGGGGAGGGUGGGGUCACACUCCCAGGGCGGUACCGUUCACACUCACAUUCACACCUGUUCUAACAUUACUCUACAUUUAUGGUUGCAAUUUUCACAAAAAAUAAAAUUCCGUGGUUCUCAAAAUGAGGUGCGACCCACUUACACCCGUUUGUCUCCUGCAGGCCCCGUCCACGCUGACCCCCACUACGAGAGGGUUUUCCUGCUGGACCCACAGUACCAGAACCCAGUGGUGCUGAGGAGCAAACUUCCAGAGUUGUCCCAGAGCGCCGAGGCCUCAGCCUGCGGAGGGGGCUACGCCGAGCCCGACGUCACCCAGUGCACACCGCACCAGUGUUUCCACAACAGCGCGCCGCACUACGCGGAGACCGACAUCGUGCACCUGCAGGGCGUCACCGGCAGCAACAUGUACGCCGUGCCUGCCCUCACCGUGGACUCUCUGACCAGGAAGGACAUUUCUGCCGCCGAGUUCCCACGGCAACGGCUGAUCUUCAGGGAGAAGCUGGGGGAGGGACAGUUCGGGGAGGUCCAUCUGUGCGAGGCUGAGGGUCUUCCGGAAUUCCUUGGGGAAGGGUCGCCGCUCCCCGAGAGAGACGGUCACUCCGUGCUCGUGGCCGUGAAACAGUUGAGAGCCGACGCCACCAGCCAGGCCAGGAACGACUUCCUGAAGGAGAUCAAGAUCAUGUCCCGCCUGAACGACCCCAACAUCAUCCGACUGCUGUGCGUGUGCGUGUCGUCCGACCCGCUGUGCAUGGUGACGGAGUACAUGGAGAACGGAGACCUGAACAUGUUCCUGUCCCAGCGGGAGAUCGAGAGCACGCUGACGCAGGCCAACAACAUCCCGUCAGUCAGUCUCUCCGAUCUCCUCCACAUGUCGGUGCAGAUUGCGUCCGGAAUGAAAUACCUGGCGUCUCUGAACUUCGUGCACCGCGAUCUGGCCACCCGGAACUGCCUGCUGGACCGCCGGCUGACCAUCAAGAUCGCUGACUUCGGCAUGAGUCGGAACCUUUACAGUAGCGACUACUAUCGCAUCCAGGGCCGGGCGGUGUUGCCCAUACGAUGGAUGGCCUGGGAGAGCAUCCUGCUGGGAAAGUUCACCACGGCCAGCGACGUGUGGGCGUUUGGCGUGACCCUGUGGGAGAUCUUCACUCUGUGUAAGGAGCAGCCCUACAGCCUGCUGUCGGACGAACAGGUCAUAGAAAACUCCGGAGAGUUCUUCAGGAACCAGGGCAGACAGAUCUUCCUGUAUGCUCCGCCCCUUUGCCCCCCCUCUCUGUUCGAGCUGAUGAUGCGUUGCUGGAUUCGUGAUAUUCCCAACCGACCGUCCUUCGAGGGACUUCAUCAAGCCCUGAGGCCACACGUCAGGCAGUGAGCGUCGGGAUCGUGCCUUUGGAGUCCGCGACUGGACGUUCGAGACAUGAGUGCUGCCACCGUCAGGCAGAACUGAUGAACUGCAGCCUGACAGUAGGGGACCGUGAGAACCAAAGAGAAAGUGACUGAUGUUCCCAGAAAGAACGUUUCGGGAGUUCAUCUCCAGCAACUGAGAUUUUUUUUUUUUGUCUUUAAUGCCAAUUUAAUAAUUUCAUCCACCUUCAAAUGAGUUUCUCCGACUUUCUGACUCUUGAAGUUUUUUUUCUUCUCCGCUUUCAUUUCCUCUCUCUUUGGAGGGACCCUUCAGUCCACGUGGUGUUUCCUGUGCCUUUGUUUUUAUUAUUAUUAUUAUUAUUAUUAAUAUUAAUAUUUUUAUUAUUGUAAAGCACUGUGUCUGUGUCUUAAAUAUUCAUGUGCAUAUAUAUUUACCCACACUGGAGAUAGGGGUUAGGGUGAAGUCGUAGUCUAGGGUUUCGUUUUUAAGAUUUGUUAUUUUAUUUUUAAUAUUUCUCUGGUAAAAAAAAAAGUGUUGAAGUCGGAGGGACUGACGUGGCGUCGACACAGACGGUUGGAGCUCGUCGGACUAAAUAUUUAAAGUUGUCCCUGAAAUCCUCACACUUUACGGCAGGUUCUGUCAAACGUUUCACAUUUUUUCUAGUCAAACGAGUUCAUGUUUUCGACAGUUAACGGAUCUAAAUGGUUGAGUAAAGGGGUAAAUUUUGUUCAAAAAAUAGAAAAGAAAAAUUCAUUCCAGAAAGUGUCCUCGAGUUGCAAAAAGUGUGAAAGAUUUGUAAACAUAAUGCAAAAUUAUAGUUAUAAAAAAAAUGGACAUCGCUAAAGGCUAGGCUAAAAGCGAUUAGCAAAAGCAACGCGAAAGUUAGCCCUGAAAAUAAAAUCGAGUGUUAUUGCCAAUUUUUGGUGUUGAAAAACUGUAUUAGUAAUGGACAGUAUCGGUAAUACAUGUUUUUCUGUGGUGUGAAACCAGCGUUAGCGUUAGCUCAGUUUGCGGAGUGGUUAUUUUUUUCACUGCUUCCUCUCUUUUUUAGGGUGGUUUUUUUUUUUGUUUGUUUUUUUAAAAGACAGGUUUGAGUUUGAGUCAACCAAGGCACAGUCACCUGACCACAAUGAAAAGUUGUUUUUUUUGUUUGUUUUUUUCUUGGUGUUUCAUUGGUCGAUGUAUCCUGUGGAUU